AAAUGUCGCUACUCGAUCGCCCUUUUUCGCUUUCUCUGUAACUGCUCCUCUCUGCCGGAGAGAUAGACUAAAGUUGUGGGUGGCUGUCAGAAGGUAGUUGGAUCGAUCGGUGGAUAAGGAAAAUGGGAAGGUUGUUCCAAGUCACCCUGGAGGGAAACGUGUAUAGUUGCAAGCACUGCCAUACCCAUCUCGCCGUCCUUGAUGACAUAAUCUCCAAGUCAUUCCACUGCAGGCAUGGAAAAGCUUAUCUCUUUGAUAAAGUGGUGAACAUCACAGCAGGAGAGAAAGAGGAUCGCCUGAUGAUGACAGGAAUGCACACUGUUGUUGACAUAUUCUGCAUUGGGUGUGGCUCUAUUGUGGGUUGGAAAUAUGAGGCUGCAUAUGAGAAGUGUCAGAAGUACAAAGAAGGAAAGUUCAUUCUUGAAAGGUUUAAGGUGUUGGGUCCUGAUGGAAGCAAAUACUUGAUCGCUCAGGAAGCUCAGCCUGUUGGGAGUGAUGCUGAUGAUGCUUGAUUGCCAUAUUCAUUUUGGCAAUUGAUUCACUAUUUGAAUUGUAUAUUCGGGCAUUUUGUGUUCCUGUUAAGCCCUGUUAUCAUCUUAGUGUCUUAAUUCAGGUUAUCAACUUUUUCCCUUGUGGCCUGAAGCAGAAAAGAGAAGAAUGGAAAGACUUGAACAGGACAUAAACCGCAAUGAAACUCUUUGAGGGGU